GGAGAGAGACAGACAGACAGAGAGACAGACAGACAGAGAGAGAGACAGAAUACGUGUCUGUCUGACCGUGUGUCAUGCGUUACCAUGACGAGAGAAGCACUCAUCAAACUCUUCAUCCUCAUCCUUCUCGCCUUUAUCAUCUGUCUCCCAGAGUUCUUCACUUCACACAGAGCGAGGGUAAACUUCCACUGUGUGACCUUUGACCCCUGUGGGGACCAGGAAGUGACAACGCAGUGCGACCCCGGGCUGACCCCUGCGGGACAGAGCUCCACCCGGAGCGCCGAGGAGAAGCCCGUCUGUCACACCGGGAGGACGGGUUCUGGAAUGAGCUGGUUGCUGUGUGACACAGAGACUCUCCGUGGCAACGCCUCGCUGUCAGGGAGGAGGGUGGCGCUAUCAGUGUUGUCUGAAGGAGAGAACGCGACUUUGUACGGCUUCCUGACAGAGAAGAAGAAAGAGGGGGAGGAAGAGGGGGAGGAAGAAGGACAAGGAUUCAUCUACUGCUGUUUUCGAACCCCGCCCCUUUCCAUACCAACCAAUCACAGCCAGUGUCUCCUUCAUCUCCACACCCAAGGAACCAAUCAGACAGCUGUAAAGUCUGACCUGCCCUGGACACGGCCACCUAGAAGUGAGUGGUUGUGUGUCUUCAGGGUGGCGUGGUUGGUCCUAGUGGUUGUGGUCCUGUUGACCGUCCUCACCACGGUCCUGGGUCUGAUCUACUGGAGGACUCGCUGCUGUCAAAAGGAGCCCAGUGGGUUCCAGACCAGAGGAUUCAACACGGACCUCCCUGAUGUCUCUGUCUCACUACAUCACUUCUCAGGCCUGUUGUCACCUAUUCAUGAAGAGAAGACUGCAGAGGACGAGCCUCGUCAGGGUUACUACGGUAAUGACACAGGUGAGAGUUCUAAAGACAAUGUUCAUUAA